CUUUAACUUAAUAUAAUUUGAUCCUGGAAAGCAUGCUUUGGCAUUCAUCAUGCAACUCAGCUACAACGACUUGUCUUAUGGAUUAACUAGUACUAUUUAACUCAAAGCCGCCUCAGGAAAUGCCAAUGGUGGAGUGUUUUAUGGGGAGAUCCUGGACCAUUGUCCCAGCAGGAACCUUUUCACCACCCAGACAUACCCUUCUCAGUAAAGAAACUGGACCCCAACCAGCAGGUCGUUUUACUUUUAAGUCCCAUCAGGCAGUUUCAGUCAUCAAUCCAGGAUUGCAGCCUGCCUCAGCCAGCCCUCUGGCUUCAGCUUGUUUUUAGAAUUAAAAAAUAGAUUUCUUAAACUAUGCAUCGAUUCCCCAGUAUAUUGCACAGAUCUGGACUGGCUACUCAUUUUUCAGAGACGCUGAUCUGGCGGCACCCUUUUAAAAGGAGACUUGCAACUACUACAAUACUGUUACUCUUUCUACUUGUCCUCGUUGCUGCUUUCAUUGCUUCCUUAUGGCUUGACACUUCUAGAUUUUUGGUUGAUAAUUCUGUAAAUAACACUGUGAUUAUCUUCCAAAAGCGCCAAAACCCACCUGAAGAAAUUAUAAUCCCACUCAAUUGCACUGCUCAAAACCAGACACAAACCUGUCCAACGAAUUACCCCAGAACUUUCCAAGCACAAGAUCCUGAACCCUCAUCAGAACCAACAUGCCCAGGUUAUUUUCGGUGGAUUCACGAAGAUCUAAGGCCCUGGAAAGUUACAGGAAUCACGAGGGAGAUGGUGGAGAGGGCUAAUAGUACAGCACAUUUUCGCCUUAUCAUAGUGAACAACAAGGCAUACAUCGAGACGUACAAAAAAUCAAUACAAACAAGAGAUGAAUUCACCAUAUGGGGCAUCCUGCAACUUCUAAGAAAGUAUCCUGGAAAGUUACCGGACUUGGAGCUAAUGUUUGAUUGUGACGACCGGCCGGUCAUCCAAUCACGCUACUACCGUGAACAAAACACUACAGCCCCACCGCCACUGUUUCGGUACUGUGGUGACAGAUGGACUAUGGAUAUUGUGUUCCCUGAUUGGUCCUUCUGGGGAUGGGCAGAGAUAAAUAUAAGACCAUGGGAAAAUUUAUUAAGGGAGAUGAAAGAAGGCAACAACAAGACAAAAUGGAUGGAAAGAGAACCAUAUGCCUAUUGGAAAGGAAAUCCUUUUGUAGCUGAAACUAGACAAGACCUUCUUGCAUGCAAUGUCUCCGAUAACCACGACUGGAAUGCUCGACUCUAUGUCCAGGAUUGGAUCCUAGAGUCCCAGCAAGGCUUCAAGCAAUCAAACCUGGCAAGCCAAUGCACACACAGGUACAAGAUCUACAUUGAAGGAUAUGCUUGGUCAGUCAGUGAGAAAUACAUUCUAGCUUGUGACUCCAUGACAUUACUUGUAAGCCCCCAUUAUUAUGAUUUCUUCUUAAGAUAUCUACAACCUGUGCAACACUACUGGCCAAUAAGGGAAGACCAGAAGUGCAAAUCCAUCAAGUUUUCUGUAGACUGGGGUAACAGCCACAAACGAAAGGCACACGAAAUUGGGAAAGCGGCCAGCAACUUCAUUCAAGAAGAGCUCAAAAUGGAUUAUGUGUACGAUUAUAUGUUUCAUUUGCUAAAUGAGUAUGCUAAGCUAUUGAAGUUCAAGCCAAUAGUACCUGAUGGAGCCGUGGAAAUAUGCUCAGAGACAAUGGCUUGCAUGGCAAAUGGGUUGGAGAAGAAGUUCAUGAUGGAAUCAAUGGUGAAGGGACCUUCUAUUACAAGUCCCUGCACUAUACCACCUCCUUAUGAACCCAAUGCUCUCGCGGCAUUUUAUAGAAGAAAGGUUAAUGCAAUAAGGCGAGUGGAGAAUUGGGAGAAUACAUUCUGGGAUAGUUACAAUCAGCAAUAAUAUUAGAGAUGAUGUAUGCUACUAUUGUAACAGCCUGUGAAGGAGACAGAAAAUGGUAAGGGAUAUAUUCUUACGAGUAUCCAUUUAAGGUUAUAAUUGGUAAGAAAACCCUGGAAUUUUCACUUUUGAUAUAUAGUUCAUUAUGAUUU